UUGGCGGCGACAAGGAGCCGGGUUUUCCCUCGAGUACAGUUUGUUUGGGUCGUCCUCCUCCGGGCUAACGUUAGCUAGCUGCUCUGCUUCUGCGGCCACACCUUCACCAACUGCCCAAGGAGAUGAAGAAGUUAUUCGAUGACUUCAAGAAGGACAUUAAGUUUAAAACAGCGGGGCCCGGAAAGAAGUUAACAGCCCCUGCCACCAGCACCAAGCCCGAGGCGGUGCAGAGCAGCUCCGGGGCCAAACACAACCGCCAUGCUGCCAGUGAGGGGGCCCAGCGGGCCGGGGCCGCGGCUCUGGCCAGGAUUGAACAGCAGCCCCGGCCCAAGGUCCACACCUCUCAGGACCACAUCAGGAACCAGGUUAAAAGAGAACUGGAGGCAGAGGCGGUGGCACUGACUGAGAAGGAUAAAGCAGCGACAGCAGAGGGAUCCAAAGUGCCAAUGAAAGAUCCCACCUGUCUCUCUGUGUCAGGUGUGUAUUUCACCUGUCCACUAACUGGAGCCACUUUAACUAAGCGUGAGAGGGAAGUACACAUUAAGGAGGCCAUUUUUAUGCGGUUUGAGGAGGAUGCAGUUGAGGCCUCUGUCAUGAUGGUCCACACAUUUAACAAAGACAGAGAGAAGGUGAAAGCUGCUGUGGACAUCAUAAGCAAGUAUGUGGAUAAUAUAUGCAAGUGUCCCACAGAGGAGAAAUACAGGAAGAUUAAACUCAGCAACAAGGUGUUCCAGGAGAAAGUGCGUUCUUUGGAGGGCACCAGAGAGUUCCUGGAGGCCCUGGGCUUCACAAGUAUCAUGCUUCCUAUAGAGGGUCAAGAGGAGGAAGAGGAGUUCCUGGUGUUGCCAGAGCAGAGUCCUGAUGCCCUGGAAUUGAUGAAGGAGAGAAGGGAUCGACUCCAGAGAGGCGAGCCAGUCAGAGCUCAGCUGGACAGACAGCCCCAAGCUUUCAGACCCUCUCCCAACGCCCAACGCUUCGAUCUGCCGUCAGAAUUUUACAACCUGACAGCAGAGGAGCUCAAGAGAGAGCAACAGCAGAGGAGUGAUUUGGUGGAGAAGAACGCCAUGAUGCGCACAAAAGCCAUGAGGGAGAGAGAGGAGCAGAGGGAGAGAAGGAAAUACAACUACACCCUGCUCAGGAUCAGACUGCCUGAUGGAAACCUGCUGCAGGGCAUAUUUUAUGCGUGGGACCGUCUGUCUGUGUUGUUUGGGUUUGUUCGGGAGUCCCUGGUGGACGGCUGGCAGCCCUUUGAGCUCAUUGCACCUGGAGGUCUCAAACUACAAGAGGCAGAGGAAGUGGCGCUCGCAGAACAUAACUUGGUCCCUGCAGCUCUACUCACCUUCUCCUGGGAUGCAGCCGUGCAGGCAGAUAUCGCAGCUGCAGGUGGGAAGAGCCCCUCCCUUCUCAAACCGGGGCUGCUGGAAACCAUUCAGACCCUGAACUGAGCAGACGUAAUCUGUCCCCAAAUUCUUUCCUGCUAUGACCCUCCCUUGCACUGCAGGGGGUGAAGUUGCUCCUUCCAAAACAACUAGUGAUGAGUGUUACUAACUUAAGUCGGUAGCAGCGAUAGACUAGGGGCAACUUCUCCCCGAUGCACUUGUUUUGCUGAGCGCAACCCUUCUCUUGUCACUGUGGGGUAAAUGUCAACCUACAGUGUGUCUCAGCAACACAUUCUGCUGAAGAAGCACUGCUAAGACAUCUAAGGAGAAAGCAAGGGAUGAGUGUGGUUAGUAAUGCAUCCUGAAUGUACAUGCUGUGUAGUGAACAGACUGUGGCAGCAGUCGUCCGUGCUCUACCCUACAGUCAACCUGUCAGGUAUACUUCUCGUGGCAUGUGGAGAGACCUUGUUUUAACUGUCAGCACUUCCCACUGUUUUUUUUUGUUGUUUUUGUUAAAGUUUUUAGUUCAUCUUGCUUCCAACUGUUGAAUCAGGAAACUAGAAUAGCCAAGACCCAACAGUACCCUUAAAGAUAGGGUUGGUAAUCCUGGAAGAGCUAGCAGGCAGAAGCUACACUUUGGGAAAAAAAUUAAUCUAUACAUCCCACUCCCUCCCAUCGGCCCUCUUAUUAAAGAUACGCCCCCAAAUGACUCUUCUAGUGUGCGACAGACGCAAAAAAUAAAAAACAAAGAUAAAUAAUACCUCCUGGUGAAAAAGCGGCGACAGACAGAGAUGUCAAGAGAGGUUGAGGUGAUGAGAGCUUUGUGUUGUAAUGACAAUUGUGUGAUCCCAGCAACAGAAUUAACACGUCACUUCCUGCCUCUGCCUGAAUAUUGAAGAGGAUUUCUUCCCUGACCCAUAUCACAUUGUUCCACGAAAAUCUGUUCAGUUAUUUGUGUGUAAUCUUGCUUACAAACAAAUAAACCAAGGCCGACAGUGGUGAAGACAUAACCUCAGUGACGUAGGUCUGGUCGGACACAUAUUUAGUAUCUCAGCCUCUACAGCAGCUCCUGUGCUUUAGCUUGGUGUCAUUGCACUGGCUUCUUUCAAGACUGUCUGACGCUUUGUUUGGCAGUGUUGUGGGUUCGCUCAGUGUUUAAUCCGUCAGCUGAUGGUCGACUGGUCUGACUUGGUGUGAUAACAAGUCUGUCUCUGUUGCUCGUCUUGUCCUCUGCAGUGGCGUCAUACUCCUCAGUGCUGUACUACAGUUUUUUGUGGUUGCUUACGUAUGAACAUAAAAGCCCAGAUCAUCAAAUCAUGUUUUUUCCGGAUGGUUUGACUUACAACUGAGGUCCAAAGCUGGGGCAAAUGUUUAUUCAACCCCUCGCACUAAGUUUUUAGUGUGCAGUCAAUUCUAAUACCAAAGUAUUGAAUCUGAUCAGUUUUAAGCACUUUUAUUUAAAACUGUUUGAAAGACUUGGUAUAAAAUUCCCCUGGCAAUUUGAUAGUUUAACUGCAAAAGCCUCAUGUAAACAAUGUUCUGAAUUACAGUUGUGAUAAGUGGCUUCCUGUCAUUGUUCCUGUCGUCCAGAGAGGUGGUUUAUUUCUAUUUGUUUGUAUCAAACACAUUUAAUUCAGAUUAAAAGGGUUUAUUCUUCAAACAGUGGUAUUCGUGACAACGUUUCACUGACUCCACAUGUGGAAUAAAUGCAACUAAAGUUUACCCCGAAUGUUCGUUCUAUCUUUUAGAUCCACCUUUUUGUCAGAGAAGUUUUUGUUAUGUUUGUUAGUUGAAUAUAUACCUGUUAAACCUGUACAAGCUUAUUAGUUUCUCCUGCUUGUGGUUGGUUAAGAUGACAACGACCUACCUCUCACCACACAUCUCCAUCGAGUCAUAAACAAACAGAGCCUAAACAUGUUGGUCGUGUUGAACUUUUUCAUCACCACCUUCAACUUGUACCACUGUCACUGCACCAAACUCACAUUAACUUCUGCCUGCCAUGUUAAUGUCAAGGAUUUGUUAUUUGUUUAGUUCCAGUGUUUGAGGGCGGGUCCGCCAUGAGCAAGAGUUCUGCACUCCACAGGUUUCAAUGGAAGGGUGCAAAUGUGUUCUCAGCAGUGUAACUUUAUUAAAACACUUGAUCUAUCCAGAUGUUCUGAGUUGCGUUUUAACCUGCCUGUAUUAAAGAUCGCUUGCACUGCAUCUUGUUUUUAAAAACAGAA